CGUUGCAGCAGGAGUAUCCAACCUGGAUCCACAAUUGCCUUCCUAAAAUUGACGAUUGUCAACUAGGUUUCCAUAAUAAACCAACAAAUUUCAAUUUGCUUAUCUUAAUUAUGUUCAUUUAGACAACAACUAGAUUCAUAAUAGUAUCUGGUUCAUGUUUAUGAAAGCCCCCUUAUCUCACCAUUAAAUUAUUUCCAAUUUCAGAUCCUAUUAAAUUUUGAUUUUUAUAAUGCCCAUAUAUCAAUUAUUACUACUAAAUUUGCAUGACUAGAUCCGAUAUAAUUCCUUGAUUAUUCUUCUGACGUUGCUUUCAUUUUACUCCAUACAACUUUUACAGUAACCGCAGCUCGUUGGCGAUUUUUGCUGGGGACUUGUAAAUUUGCGGUGUAUUUUCAAGAUUCCAUUUUGGGUUUGCUUUCCCUCAGCAUUGAAGAAGAUUGGAUUGAUUUCGGUUUUCAUAAAGUUUUCUGCAGGUUAUUUGUGGAAUUGGUGUUCAAGAAGUGAUUUAUCUGAUAUUUUCUUGUAAAUUUGGACACAGAAGUUUCUCUGAAGGCCUAAUUUUCUGGCAAUUUAUAGUGCUUCAAACACACACAAAUUGGACAAAGAUUCAAAUUUUUUUUUUUGUAGUUUCCUUUGAUUUGGGGAAGCCAUCAGUUGCGGAAGAAAACCCCAGGUUGUAGAAAUUGCUAUGCUAUACAUUUGAGAAGCUAUGUCUUCUUUUUCAUCUAAAGAUCCUUCUGCACUGUCCUAUCCAAAGUCACUAUUGUCUAUUGUAACUACAGUAGGAGGUCUUGCUGUGUUUUUAAUUCUUGCUUCCUCAUUUCUGGUCUCUCAGCCUAUUGGCGCUGCAGUCCAUGAGUAUUUUUAUGGUGUACAUCAGUUGAAAAGGCCUAAUUUGCUAGAUGGGGAUAGGGUAACACUUGCUGAUUCUCGACGUGAUGAUGUUGUUAGUAAUGAUACACCAAACUUUAAUUUGACUGUGGAGGAAAACGAAAAAGGACUCGAGGAUGAAAAGGACCAGAGUUCCAAGUCUCAAGACGAAAAGAAGGAGCCAGAUUCAAAGGGGGAACAAAUUGAAAGUUCUACCCGAAAACCUAUUUUGUCAGAUUCCAAUCAUUCUGUGGUUCAACCACAUCCUGAAUCAAAGCAAGAAGAUGAGAAGAGUAACAAUUUUAGUUUGCAGAAGGAAAGCAAGAAUGAAGGGACUCUUCCAUCUUCCAAUUCCCAUUCAGAGGACGUAAGACCCAAUAGCAUAAAUCAAGCUACGUUAGAUCCAGAAUGUGAUCUAUAUCAUGGAAAAUGGAUUCCUGAUCAGUCUGGACCAUUGUACAGAAAUGACUCCUGCCCUGUCCUGACACAGAUGCAGAACUGUCAAGGAAAUGGAAGGCCUGAUAAGGAUUAUGAGAGCUGGCGAUGGAAACCAGCUCAGUGUGACCUGCCACGGUUUGAUCCGAAGAAAUUUCUGGAAUUAAUGAGAGGAAAGACUUUGGCUUUCAUUGGUGACUCAGUUGCUCGCAACCAGAUGGAGUCAAUGUUGUGUAUCCUUUGGCAGUAUGAGGUUCCGAAAAAUCGUGGGAACAAAAAAAUGCAGCGCUAUUAUUUCAGAUCCACAUCUACUAUGAUUGUUCGUAUUUGGUCUUCAUGGCUUGUCAAUCAAACAUCUGGACCUCUCGAUUUUGCUCCAGCAGGUGUAGCUAAGCUCCACCUUGAUGUUCCUGAUGAUGGGUUCAUGCAAUACAUCCCCCAGUUUGAUGUCGUUGUGCUCUCCUCCGGCCAUUGGUUUGCAAAACAAUCCGUUUAUGUUCUUAAUAAUGAGAUUGUUGGAGGACAAUUGUGGUGGCCAGACAAGUCUAGAAAUAUGAAGGUCAAUAAUGUCGAAGCUUUUGGAAUCUCUGUUGAAACCAUCCUGACUGCCAUGGCUACACAUCCGAAUUUCAGUGGUAUCACUAUUGUUCGUUCCUUUUCACCUGAUCAUUACGAAGGCGGAGCAUGGAACACGGGAGGAUCAUGUACUGGAAAGGUGAAGCCUGCAGAGGAUGGUGAGCUGGCUGAAAAUGGCUUCACAAACAUAAUGCAUGAAAAGCAAUUCACGGGUUACAGUCGUGCUAUAAAGAAAAAAAACAACAAGUCUGCCUUACUAUUUAUGGAUAUCACAGAAGUCUUUGCAUACCGCCAUGAUGGACAUCCUGGUCCCUACCGAAGCCCAGACCCAAAUAAAAUCACAAAAAGAGGUCCUGAUGGUAAACCCCCUCCGCAAGACUGCUUGCAUUGGUGCAUGCCAGGUCCUGUUGAUACGUGGAAUGAGCUGGUCUUUGAUCUCGUAAGGAGAGAAUUUGAGAGAAGACAGAGCAAUGUUUCAUGAGAAGGCUGCUGUUGCUAAAACCAUCGUGCUUCUACAGCACAGCUACGGGAAGUUUAUUUAUCUCUCCGGAAUGGAAUUUAGAUUGUAGUUACUCUAGAUCUCUCGUUGUAGCUGGUGUUGUAAUCUAUGUUGAGCUAUCCACACUCCCCAGUAAGAUAAAAUACAUGAAAUUUUUACAGGUCCCAAGUGUAUGCAGGAUAUUUAUAACUAUACUAUUAAUACUAACGGUUCCUUUUGCAAUAAAA